AUGGCAUCAUCUGAAUACACACCUCGGGCAUGGCUCGUAAUAUUCGGGGCCUUCACCUGUCUCUUCUGCACCGUUGGUUUCAUGAACUCAUUCGGUAUCUUUGAAGAAUACUAUGGCAAGAACCAACUUUCGUCAAGUUCAUCAUCUACCAUUGCAUGGCUUGGAGCUAUUUCCAUAUUUUUUCUCUUCUCAAUAUCCAUUGGAUCAGGUGCAAUGCUCGAUAUAUUUGGACCCAAGCUUAUGGUUUACACCGGGUCAAUCGGUACCGUCUUUUCAAUGAUGAUGAUUUCGCUUUGCCAGAAGUUCUACCAGUUCCUGCUCGCACAAGGUGUUCUUUUGGGCAUCUCUAUGGCUCUUGUUUCAUGGCCUAUGCUUGCACUGGUCGGACAAUAUAUCAAAGUUAAACGUGGAGCUGCUAUGGGCAUCGUGCUUGCAGGCUCCUCUCUCGGUGGCAUUAUUUGGCCGAUCGCAAUUGACAGACUGCUCAAAAAUCCCAGUAUCGGAUUCCCGUGGACCAUGCGAAUCGUCGGGUUUGUUAUGAUACCUUGCUUCAUAUUUUCUUGUUCUGUUGCCAAGUCCCCCGUCGUACCAUUGACGCAUGCAACGAAUGAGGCAUGCGAGGAUCCAGCAGACGAGAAGACCGCUGAGCCGGAUAUCAAGUCGCCAGAUCGCAAGACAGAAGUUUUGGACCUUUUCAAACAGCGUUCGCUGCAGCUGUUGUGUCUUGCCAUGUUUAUUACUUACUUUGGGAUGUUCUCUCCGUUUUUCUACACCACAUCAUUCGCCGUGGAAAAAGGCUUCUCCACAACUUUGGCUUUCUAUACUGUGUCGAUUGUGAACGGCACUUCAUUCUUUGGUCGGAUUCUUCCAGGUAUUGUGGCUGAUAAAUACGGCAAAUUUAACUGCUGCAUCUUAGCCACCAUGACUGCAGGAAUCGUCGCCCUUUGCUGGACCAAGGUGACAUCUGUUGCUGGACUUGUGAUCUGGUGUGCUGCUUAUGGAUUUGCUUCUGGAGGUAUCCUAUCUCUACAACAAGCCUGUGCUGCACAAGUCGCCAGCCCAAAUACCCUUGGCCUUGCAAUCGGGAGUGUUUCAGGAUCCACAGCUCUAUCUGCCAUGGCCAAUGUGCCUAUCAGCGGUGUUCUCUCUGAAAAAUAUGGAUAUCUCUCGCUGUCGCUGUUCUCCGGCAUAUCACUGCUUCUCGGUGGUCUACUGCUGAUUGCUGCCCGUAUGGCACAAAGCAAACAACUUCGAGCGAUCGUCUGA